AUGACUGUUCGGUUGCUAUGGUAAAUGUGAUGCGAAAUGGCGGUGUAAAUAACUUUGGCAAGCCCCUUUCGGUGAGAUAGGGGUGUCAGCUAAGACAGGAGUCUAACUGAGGGAUUUGUAGUAGGUUCUGUUUGUGAGAGUCAGCCAAAGGAUGAAGAAUGACUGCACAAUCAGUUCUAACGAAGGGAAUUUUUCACGAUUUUACAUAUCUAAAGAAUGUUUCAGCAUCCCCAGGAAAUGAUUCAGAUGCCGUUGGGAGCGCUCUAGGGGGGCGUGUCCCUAUGUACAUGGACGGCAAUGCUCCCGCUGUUAUUAGAUUAACACAUACUAGCCCUAAUAGCAAACCAACAUCAGCUUAUUCUACUAUUUCCGGAAGAAACCGUCUAUUUGACCUCAACGAAACUAUAGUCGUACAGGAAUCGCACCAUAAUGGGACAAUUACUGGUCAUCAUCCCGAAUAUAAAGCAGCACAGAGUCAUUCACAGUCAUUUAUUUAUCCGGACAAAUCUCCUACAAGAAAUGGUACGUUCACUGUAAAACAAUCACUGUCACAGAUUCAGGACAGUCGUGCAUUAGAUGUGGCUGAUAUUCACUCGCUGUUAACAUCAGAUGCUAACCGCAGACCAUCAUCACGGCAAUGUGUAUUUCGAGAAAAUGCAUACAAAGAAAACAAGCAAACUGAUCAUGAACUCACCGAUUUGGCAAGAUGUAAAACAUCCACAUCAACUAGGAGUAACAUAGGUUUGAUUGAGGAGACAGACAAUCAUGCUUGUCCUUCAGGCAAUUCAGAUGAAGACAACGGGGAUGAAGACAACGGGGAUAAAAUGGAAGAAAAAGAUGAGGUGGGAGACACACUGCCUUUAACAGGAAAUCCUUACAUGCAGCAACCUGACCUGGUUCAUAGUGUCCCAAAUAAAUCAUCAACAAAGAAAGGUAAAAAGAACAAAAAGAGAUCCAAAUCUUCGCUGAGCACCAAGAUGAAAACUAAAUUACAGGCAAGCAAUAGGCUUUACCAGCAAAGUAAAAUAAAAAUACCUCCGGCAACAAAAGUGAAGUCAGAAAAGGAGACAAGCAACAAAGCCUCUGUUGGUGAAUUAUCAAAUCUAACAAGUGUGCUACAAACUCAGUGUAAACCUAUCACAUUAAUGAAACAUGAACAGGUUAUUGCCUCAUCACAAAAACAUUCUCAUAGGUCUGGUGCUAUGUCAGAAAUUUUGAGACCAAAAGUUGUUCAUAUUGAUGCUUUAAAGCCUUUCAGCAAAUCAUCUGGAGGAUCAAGAGGAGGAGGAAUAGAUUCUCCAAGUUCUCAAAAUAAAUUGCCUCAAAUGACAAUGAAUAGUUUAGUACAACAAAAUUCAAGUCAAGAACCAGGUAUACAAAUGUCUCCUGGUAGUGAUUUACUUAAUACCUCAAAGUCGUAUCUUCACAAUGAAAAUCGUGUGACUUAUUAUCAGACGUCUGCAAAUGAAAUUGCAAAAGUUACAAAGGUGUAUUUAUCUGAGAAACAUUCCGGUACGAUGAAGGACUGUGGAAUGGAGUAUCCCUGUGCACCACCGGCCACACCAACACCAGAUCAACUGAAAAAGGUGGAAUAUGUGCCGAGUAUGAAUGACAUAAGGGCACAAAGGGCCGUCAAGUUAAAAUUGCAGGUGCUAGAAAAGGAAGCGAGCAAAAAGACUGAGAGACAGAAGGAAGAAAAGGCAAGACAGGAAAAGCUUCAAAUGAAGGACAGAGAGAAAGAAUUAAAGAUAAGACAAAGAAAUGAGAUCUAUGCCCUGAAUAAAGCCAUGACAGAAUUAGAGCAGCAGAGAUUUCAGGAGUUUUGUUCAAAGAGAGGUAUCGUUCUUUGACACGUACACUAGGAUAGGAUAACGAACAAUACUCAACAGACCACCUGACAAUCUCUAUGGAUGCCAUUGUAAGAAUCGGUGGUGAAAGAAUUCCUCAGUAACAUUUAUGUGUGUAGUUUGACAGUAUUCUGUUUUCUUCUUUUUUAGAUAAGUUGUGGAAUGAAAUGUAUAUCUGUCUCAGUGUAAGGGUUGGAAAUUAGGGAGCAAUACCUAAACUAAAGGGGAAUUCCCAGUGAUUAUCGGCUUCGCUAGAUAUACAAAAGGUGUGAAAUAUUAGGGUUCAGUUUUUCCUGUAUAAGAAGUUCAAAAAUUCCAGAAAUGAUAGUUUUAAAAUCUAGAUAUCAAUGCUAGAAUGAUACAAAAUGGGUUCGGGUUUUGAUGCUAUUUAUGCACUUUGAUUGCCGGAAUAGGUAAAUGUAUGGCUUUUGAUAUGUUUUGUCCAUGUAUACGAAGCAAGAGUAAAAGUUGACAACCCCUUGAAUUGGUAAUAGAUCCGUCCUAAACCACACCAAGAUAUCAGAAUUAUGCUGCUGGUUAGCUUAAAGCUGGUUGAGAAAAGAUUUUGAAGUACCAAAUAUAAGGGGAUUGCGUCAUGAUGUCAUGUUAUGUAUAAUAUCUUUACCAGUUAUUUCUGUAUUAUAACUACAAAUGGGUGUCGAUCAUGCUGAAAAUCAAUGAAAAUCCUUUUUUUAUGAAUACAAAUGUUGAUA